GCCCAAAAAUAUCUGUCUCUAAUCUUCAUAUAUGGAUGCAUCAAACCAGCUCCAAAUUGUGAUCCCUAAUGAUCUCCCCAAAAUGGAGGAAGAAAUCGACUACUCUGAAAGGGCACAGUGGCUCCGAGCGGCGGUGCUCGGAGCCAACGACGGCUUGGUCACCAUUGCCUCACUGAUUCUUGGAGUCGGAGCUCUCAAACACGAAGCCAAGGCCAUAAUCCUGAGCGGCUUAGCCGGACUUUUCGCGGGAGCUUGCAGCAUGGCCAUCGGUGAGUUCGUGUCGGUGUACACACAGCACGACAUAGAGAAAGCCCAGAGGAAGAGAGAGGAAGGGAACGGAGAGGAGAGGGAGAAGCUUCCGAACCCUUGGCAGGCUGCGGGGGCUUCGGCCCUCGCCUUCGCGUUGGGAGGCGUUGUGCCGUUGCUUGCUGCUGUCUUCAUUGCGGAUCACAGGGUCAGAAUGGGGGUGGUGGUGGCGGCCACCACGUUGGGGCUGGCGGGGUUCGGAGGUGUCGGGGCGGUGCUGGGGAGGACUAAGGUGGUGAGGUCUUGUGUGAGGGUGGUGGUGGGAGGGUGGGUGGCCAUGGCUAUCACAUUUGGUCUCACUAAGUUGCUUGGCUCUAGUGGAUUUGGAGUCUGAUUUUUCAUGUUGCUCGUUUGUGAGUGAAUUUGGGUUUCUGGAAGAUACAUAUAUAGUGCAACUCAACUCAGUUGGUGAGGUCGGAUGCUCAAGUUUUUUUAUAUGGAUAUGUAGUAACUAAAAAAAGUAUAGCAAUAAAAUGUGCAUUAACAUUUAACCUAUAGUGUUCAUGCAAUUUAUG